AUGAAGUACAUCGGGCUUAUUAUCACGGCCGGCAUAGCCAUUUCUGGAACAGUCGCAAGCAGCUGGUUUCCUGGGACCAAGGCCGUGUACAAUAAAUGGCACCAAACCGAAUUAGAGCGAUGGCUCUCUGAUCAUGGUAUUCCAUAUCCCAAGGCAUCGGAUCGCAAAGAUUUGUUGAUGCUUGUUCAAAACCGUUGGAACGAUGCUAUCGUGGAGCCGUACAAACUAUGGGAGACAGGCGAAUUAAGCUCUUAUUUACGAGAGAGAGGGCAUGAUGUCAAGACGAGCGCCGAAAACUCCAAGGAAAGUCUAGUUUCACAGGUUAAAGCCAACUGGUACGAAACCGAAGACGCUGCACAGCAAGCAUGGGUCAACGCCAAAGAUUGGAUUCUGGAUACGUGGUCCGAAAGCCAGUUGAAAGCUUUCUGCGAUAAGCAUGGCAUCCCAGUGCCGCAACCUCAUCAUCGGGAUACCCUCUUACAAAAGGCUCGUCUUGCAUAUGAAGCAGCUGCGAAAAAAACAGGAGAAACCGCAGCGUACCCUGGUGAUUGGCUCUACCAAACUUGGAGCGAGUCGGAGUUGAAGGCCUGGCUUGAUAAAUACGGUAUUCCUGUCCCUCAACCUACAACUCGCGACAAGCUCCUCGCCGCAGUUCGCCGCAAUUCUAGGUUAGCGUAUCUCAAGGCGAAACAUGAGGCUACGAGCGCAAGCACCAGUGCCCAGGCAGCCUAUGCCUCUCUUACCGAUGUCAUUAUUGAUGCAUGGAGUGAUUCAAAACUGAAAGAAUUUUGCGACAAGAAUAACAUUCCUGUUCCUCAAGGCACGAAGGAGAAUGAACUUCGAGCCCUGGUUCGCAAGCAUCGAGCUGAUUUUCUAGGGGACAACAUCCAAGCCAAAGCAACGUCCGCACUUGGUGCUGCUACGUCAAACGCCAGGAACGAGUUCGCCAAGGCAACUGACAGCGUAUCUUUGGCGGUGGAAGAUGCGUUUAACCGGGCUAUAGAGACUUGGUCUGAGUCUCGUCUGAAAUCAUACUUGGAUGCACGAGGCAUUCCUGUGCCGCACGGGUCGACCACGGACAGUUUGAGGGCAAUUGUGCGCAAGAAUUCUCAUAAGGCGGCAUCGGGUAGGCAGGCCUGGACCUUUGAUGACUUCAGCUAUGGGAAUUUGAAGGCAUACAUUCAAAAGAACGGUGACGACACAGCCAAGAAAGUAGCAGCGAAGCGUGAUGCUACUAGGGAGGAGCUUGCGAAGGCAGCCGCCUCUGCCUACUCAUCAGCCUCGAGCGCUGGUGGAGAUAAAUUUGCCUCCGCUACAAGUUAUUUGGCAUCGGCCACUGCGUCCGCACAAAACCAAGCAUUCGAGACAUGGACGGAGUCUGAACUUAAGGCGUUUUUGGAUAGCUAUGGCGUACCGGUACCCCAGGGUUCCAAACUGGAGGAAUUGAAGGCGUUGGCUCGUAAGCAUUCCACGUACUUCAAGUAUGGAACGUCGUCACCAACAGGGACCGUGUUUGCGCGCUUGGGGGCUGCGGCAGCACAAGGGUGGAGGUGGGCAAUUGACCAACUGAGACUUGGAAGCGAAGUUGCGACACAAGAAGGUCGGAAUGUGAGAAAAGAGUUGUAG